AUGAAUGAAGGUCUGAUGAAUGUCACGAUUCACGACAACAUCACUUCAAACUCCGUGGUUUUCCUACCUGCCAAUAAACCGGUAAUCGCCAUUAACGAGCUUCCACUACCGUAUACCGGUCUCCAAAUGAAACUCAAGUGUGCCGAAGAUUGGUACGGAAUCUUUUGCCAUCAGUACUGCUUUGUGAAAAACGAAAGAUGGCGAUGUAAUGAGCAUGGAAAUCCGGCUUGUGCCCAGGGUUACUGUGGAUGGAAUUGUCUCAAGUCCGGAUCGGACUGUCCAGUUUUCGCAAAUUGCAGUUGUCAAAAUGGUGGAGAAUGUUACAGCCCUCUCUCGGAGUCUUCUACUAAAUGCCACUGUCCAGCAGGAUACUUGGGUGACGACUGCGGUUUUUUCUAUAUAACCGAGUCAAAACUGGAUUUUGUGACUAAUUUCGGUGCGAACUUGUCGGUUCCGAACAAAUUCUCGAAUCGAGCCGAUAUCUAUCAACUAUUCGAAAAAUAUGAAGAGAAGCUGCGGACAUCCGGACAACAAGAUGCACAGACAUAUCAAUCUUUUGGGAAAUUGGCGGUGAUUUGUGCUUUGAUCUGGCUUGUGGCUACGACGGGUUACUGUAUCAUCAAAUGUUGUUGGGAAUCGAAAGAACAGGAGCAGAUUGUGGAGACUUCUGGAGAUGAGAAGAAGAAGACGUCAGAAGAAGAGAAGAAGUGUAUUCUGAUAGAGAUGAAUGAUAUGUGA